AUGAUACAACGGCCGGCCAGUGCAGGUCCCACUCGCAAACAACAAAAAACUCCCUCCGAUGAUCUCUCAACGACAUCCGACUGUGGUUUCAAUCAUAACAAUAUUGAAAGUGGUCAAUUAGUACUUUGUACAAAGAGUAUCAAACAAAAGAAGGUACCCUCUACCAAUUACAUUGACUUGACGAGGGAAUUGGCACGAGAUGCUCCAUUGUUUGAACAACAGCAACAACAACAACAACCAAAAUCAGCUAGGACCAUCUCCAGCACAAGCAGACCUUCUUCUGCAUCUAGCGUGAAUCGGAUCUAUCGAAAUACGAACACACAUCACAAAGAAUUGGAUAAGGAAAAAUCAUUUCUUAGAAUUUCCACAUCACCCUUACCUUUUUCAAGACCAACUAGUGCAUCUCCGAGCAUUCGGCCAGCAUCUGCUCUCAGUGCACGAAGUAAUACCUCGUCCGUGGUCUCUAUUGCAAAGAAUAGCAACACGAGUAUUUCAGGAGUAAGCAAGAAAACCUUUCGAGGAAUUAUUGAGCAAAACUACUUGACGAAAAAGAAGGGCCGAGCACCCUAUCAUAUUGAUUAUUCAUUUAAUGAAGAAGAUGAGGAAGACGACGAUAACUCGGAUGCCGUUAAUGUCACUAACUAUGGUCAUAAUAACAAACAACAAGUUAGCACGAAGAGAGCAACACGACCACGAAGUGCAUCCUCUACAGGAACACAAUCGUCGAAUAGACCUUGGUCAGCAUCUUCUGUAACCUCGACCCGAAGAGGUUCAAAGAAGAGUAGAAUUACUACAACUGAAACACCGUCCUCCUUACUAGAUAAUCCAACUACUGCUGCACUAACUACACCACCUACCUUAUCUCAUUAUUCUCUUCCAACAAGCUCAAGUAUCCAGAAACGAGUUGACAAACCUCCUAACACUGUCGAUCGGCAAAACAAGUUCAAUACUAGUUCAACUACUGCAUUGCAACAACAUAGGGCACAAGCGUCUCCAUCUGUCUCAUCUCUGAAAAAGACAAAUUCCAAGAAUGAUAUUUUCUUGACACGAACUGUCUCUUUCAAAUCCAUUUGUGAUAGGAGCUGUGAAAGUGAGAGCGAAACAGAUAGCGACGAUGAAGAGGACAUUAUUAUUUCAGAAAUAUCCAAAGAGCAACCAAAGCUCCUCUCGAGAACAGCCUCAGUCACAAGUGUAGGCUCCUUACAAAAGUCAACCACUUCUGACAGCAAACAGCACUCGUUAUCUAGAACUAAUUCUUCCACGAGUAUCAACUCGUCUUCGUUGCAACGAGUAGAAUCUAAGAAAUCUCUGACCAUCUCUGUAAAUAAUACCCCUACCGAUACCCCUACCAACAAGGAUCAUGCUUCCAAGAGCAACAGCAUGACCAAAUCAGUAUCUUCCCCACUAUCUAAAAACUCACCUAACAUGUCAAGCUUUAAAAAGUUUUUUGGUUCACCUAGAGACUCUGAUUUCAGCUUUGGUGACGAAUCGGAUUCAUUUAUUGAUGAGUUGAACGAUGCUGCAGCUGUGUUAAAAACACACAUUUUGGCUUUACCUAAAACAAAGAAGCAAAAAGCGUCACAAUCUCAGAAAAGUAGCAAUGUAAGGUCUCCACUCAAGCGCUCACCCACUGUUAAGAAUGAUUUUCUUUUAUCUAGGAAUAAGGUAGUCACUGAUACCUUUGUGAAAGCAGUUGAAAAGCAAAAUAAGCCAUUUACUGACCUUAUCAAAGAUCCCACAAAUGCUAAAUCAAAGAUCGGUGUAGACAGUUCCUAUUGGAACAUUGAUACAGAUUUAUGUGUACAAAAUGCAAGCGCGAUGGUACAACAAGUUUCGUUUGCACCCGUGGAGGAAGAAUCUACAAGUUUUAACAAUUUUCAAAACCAUACAGAAAAAAUUAAUCUACAAUUGCCAUGUAAUGAGGAGUCAAACAACUUGAAAAAGUGUAACAAUGUUGUUAUUGAUACUCGAACGACAUAUAUCAGCGGAAUUACUCACUCUGUUAAUUCUGUACUUAAUACUUGGAGUUCAAAUAUCGAGACAACCAAAGAAAAAGAAGAGGCUAAAGUUGUGAUCAAUGAUACGCAAGCCAUUGAACAUGUUAAAGCAAUGAGAGAAUCUAUUGAGAUGAUCCAUUAUGCGUCUUCCCCUCCAUCUAAAAAACACCAACCCUCAAGGAAUACAAGUUUGGAACUUUCCAAGCAAAUUCUCCAGAAAGACCCAUCAUUUUUUGGUUUUGAGGUGAGCGAACAAUUCAUUAGCGAUCUCAAACAAAAAGUAGAGAUCGAUGAAAAUGUGGAUGACAUUACGAACCUCAUAAGAGACUACAAGGAAGACAUUUCUAAAUCUAAAAAAGCGGUAGCUGUCAAUGAUUCCAGCGAUUCUGAGAAUGAAAAACCAAAGGUACCUGAUAUACCACUUAACGUUGGAAAAGAAAAACGAAUGAAAGUGAACCAAAAAAUUUUAAACGAACGAAUUGCUGACAUCAAGAAAUACAGCUGGAAAUAUGCUGAAUUAGAGAAGAGAGUUAAAGAAAUUAAAAAAGAAAUGAAAGAAAAAGAAAAGAAGCUGAAUAUUGAGGAUUUUGUUAAAAAGAAUGCAGACAUGCCGCUUAAAACCAUGAAUGAUGUUCGCAAUAAUCGAGAAAGAGUGAUUCAACGGCAGGCCUUUAUCAGAGAGCAAGCAGUCUUGAAGUUUAACGAACAAGAACGCCAUCGCUGUGAAGAAUUAGAUCGUAAAUUCGAAGAAAAGGAAAAGAGAAGACAAAAUGCUACCAGUGAGAAAAUGUCCAAAGUAUACAAACAAACCAUGUGGAAAUUACAAAAAACAUGGUUUCCCAUCGUGAAAAUUGGUUUGUUUAUUUCUGCAAUCACCGAGCCAUUGCUAAGCGAACGAGUGAAACGUAAACGUGAAACUGAUGAGAAGGUCGCUCUAUUUGUUAUGAGGAAACGAUUACUACCUUACAUUUUAAAAAGAAGAGACCAAAAACAACAAGCAGCUUUGCAAGUUAUUCGUAAGAAUUGGCUUAUUUAUGUCAUUAAUUUUAGAGUUCGAAGGAAAAAGAAAGCAGUUAAUGUCAUUGAACGAUUCGUUCAAGACAUUAACAAAACCAAUAGAAUGGUUCGAGCUGUAUCUAGAUUUAUCAACGCCGUUAAGAAGAUACAAAGAUUUAUCAAGAAAUUCCUCUUUCGAAGAAGACUGCAUCUCCACAUGCUAAAUCAGCAAUACAAGAGAUUGGAAAUGGAAUUCACAAAGAAUCAAGCAAAGCAAGAUAUUGCUGAGGUGAAGUUCAAAAUUGUGGAUGUUUUAAAGAAGGUCAAAGAAACGGCAUUCUUUGAAGAGCCAUCAACAGCCACUGAGUCAAGAGCAAUUCACCGCAGACAACAACAUGCUCCACAUGUUCCACAACCCGGGUCUGGCUGGGAUGACGAUACGAGUGGCAUCCGUAGAACAAAGCUGGCAGUAUCUGAAGCUAAAAAGACGCUCCGUCAUGUACAAAAGUUUGUCAUUGACGAAUUGAAAGAACAAAUUGCACAGACUCCAAACAUACCACAAUCAACAAUUGAUGGCAAAAUGGUAUCUCCACGAUCUUCGAAGAAAGGGCCAAUCAUGUCGCAUGCUGAAACAAUUUUAAAACAAAGUGAGAGAUGGGUCAAAGGUCUAGACGAUUUUCCUUACCUUAUUCACAUUAUUGAGAACAAUAUGUUGAAAAAUCAGCUAGUUUUAAAGUUGGGACGAAUGUUACGAAUUACUCCAACAAAACGAUGCCACAAAACAUCAGAUGCUAUCCGAACGCGUAUCAUCAGAGAGGAUUUAACAAGACGAAUGCAUCAAAUUAGAUUUGAGGAGCUCGAGAUUGAAAAACGCAAAGAAAAAGCCGUACAAGCUCUUCAAUUCCAAAAGAAAAUGAUGGCUCAACUUCAAAAACAACGAUCGUUCAGCAAUAGGAUUUCUCUGCCUGCAGGUGUUACUACAUCAGAAUUACUCGCUGAGCAAUUACAAAAACAGAACUCCAUACUGCAAGAAGAGGCAGAAAUUGAAAAUGAAAGAAAUGAAUUGCUCAAGAAAAAGUCCAUUGCCUACUUGCCACAGCACGCAAUAGAAAUUCUAGUGCGAAAGGGUCUCGAAGAAACAUUAAUGAUGGAAAAACGAAGGCAACGACAACUUAAUUCGCCAAGAAAUGCUGUCACUUCAUCUAAUGACAAGCAAACAAAUAAUUUGUCUGAUAGUUUUGAGAGCAGAAUGGAUGAUUUUGAUGAAUAUGAAGAAAUAUUGGACGAAAACUUGAAUUAA